AGCACUGAGGUGACUAAGUCAAAGCUACACGUAUUUCGUGACGUAUUACACAGGAAGUUGCAAGUCUGUGACAGCCUGGCACUGUUUUGACUUUCAGCUUACUGGAAAAAAAUAGAAAAUGAGAAGAGCUCACGCAAACAAUGAAGGAGGAUAUUACCAACCGACAGCUCAAAUGCUGGAGUCAGAAAAUGAUCGCCAAGAGCAGGAGUUGUCUAGCAAAGUCUCAGCCUUAAAAUCAUUGACAAUUGACAUUGGGAAUGAAGUCCGAGAGCAUAAUAAAUUCUUAAAAGAAAUGGAUGAAGAUUACGACAAAUCAGGAAACCUUCUUCAGUUCUCCAUGGGCCGAUUAAAAGCCAUCACAAAAGCCGGGGGACCAAAGCUCUGGUGUUACAUGUUUACGUUUUGUCUAUUUGUCUUCUUCCUUAUAUGGGUGAUUGUUAGAUUCAGGUGAUCCAGGGUAGAUGGUUGACUUGUUGUAUUAAUUAUUGUUGUUGCCAAAUCAUAAACACAGAUGUUUAAACAUUUACCGGUUUAUAUGACUAGUCCAAGUGGAUGUGUGAAAUGAACUCCUGUUACAUUUUCUCUGAAAAAGGCUUUAGUUAAAUGUGCUAUGAGAUCAAACUUUUUUUGAAAUACACUUAGAAUAAUCGAACAACUCUAUGGAAUAUAUUAUACAUUUAACUUUGGUAUCAUUGAUAUAUCGCAUACUGUGGGUAUACUGAAGUCAAAUGUAAAUAUAAAAAAUUACUUUUUGUCUAACUAUGUAUUUUAUCCUUGAUCAUUAUCUUGAACACAUGUAGAUACAGUAUAAGAUGUUGGCAGCGUUUUUUUCUCAAGAAGAAGACAGACUUUUAUUCAUUGUUCAAGCCAGUGUUUUGUCAUAUUGAACCCAGCUAUAAGAUGUUAUCUUAUUUUUAUCUAAAAACAUUUUUUUUCCAGCAUUUUGUCAGUCAUAAAAUGUUAGUCAUACAUUUACACAUUGAUUUAUAUUACCCGUAUAUAUUUAAUUUUGUGGUAAAAUUAACAAUUACUGGUAUUUGCCAUCUCAUUCCUUAAUUUUUGUAAUGGUUUCUCUGGAAAUAAUAUCAAAACAUAUGACUGUCACACAUUUUUCUGAGAUAUGUAUAACAAAGAUGUUGUGGACAUUAUAUAUAAAAUUCGAUUAUCAGCAGUCGUGCUGUUAAACUUUCAAUUUGCAUGUAAUGUGUUCUCUAAUGAUGAUUUGACAUGAGAUGUUGAACUUAUCUUUCAAAUAUAGAUCACUUAUAUUGCUGUUUGGACAUUGAUAAUGCAUGUAAUGUUUUCUCUAAUGAUGAUUCCACAUAGUAUUUUAAUUUUCUUGCAAAUAUAGUUGAUUUUUGAA